AGAAAAUGCAGGAAAAUGAGUAGGCAAAUGAAAUAAAACAAAGAUUUUAAAGGGUUUCGGUUUUGGUAGGGUUCUCUCAAGAGAGAGUUUUGCGACCAGAACUAGAUGAACUUGCUCGCCCGAAAACAAGGUACACUUAUAUACACACUUGGUCGCUUUUUUUCAUUCUAGGAUCCUGUCAUUGAUGACUUAUGUAUGCUGUUGUUCUACCUCAAAGAACUGACGUAGCCCCUGACUAUUGAUCUGCUGAUAGACUAAAUUCUCUUGCUUGUGUCAAUCUUUUAGCCUCAGGAAAUUACACAAAAGGAAGUUUCCGGUAGAUGCCAGCACCUUGCUUCUCUGGGUAGCACGCAGAUCAAGUUAAACGCAAUGGCUGCGGUAACAGAUGAAGGAAAGUUAUGGUCUACGAGUAGGCAAGUGCUUUCGCUUGGGUCGUGCUAUUUUAACUGUUUCAGACAGAAGGGAUGAGGUAUAGACACUCAAGGAUGGCAGUAGGUUUUUCCUUUUUUCUGGAAGUAUAAAAAGCACGCACUUAUACUACGUACUUUUCUAGGAGCUAGACGCUAGAUUCUAAUCCUUCCUCCCAUCAUCUUAGGAGUUCGCCUUCAAUCUAAAUAAGGCGGACGAGGUUACUCUUACGCAGACAGAGUGGUAGACGAGGUUGCGCUUGUCCUGUGGUUCUAGGUAGAGGAGGCUCAUGCAGAUGGAUUGGCUCGAGACUAUGCGAAGGGCCUGGGCAUUGUCCUCAGCGAUGUUUCUUGGCUCGAUGAAUAAGCAUCAUCAUGUAUCUUGAUAGGAAUUUGCUGAAAGUCAACUUGUAGCUGUUAGCUUGGAUAAAGGACGACUGAAGCUAGCAGCCGACGCUGU